AUAUGCUUGAGUCAUUGUUUUAAUAAUUGUAGAAAAAGGAAAGUAGAUGUUCAAAUUCUUGAAAAUGCGUUGUUUUAAUAAUAGGUAGAUCAAAUGCCUGCUUACAGUAUUGAACUUCUAUGUUCUUAUGGAUAAACGAGGUCCGAUAUUCAGCUUUCGCUCUGACGGUCCUUGCCUUACAUGGCUUUGGAGCAUUGAAUACUUAUCAAGCUUCCCCCAUCUAGAUCUUUCGAUUGUACCCGGUAUGGACAAAUAUAAAUCUGUUGAUGUUUGUUGACUCACUUUUUCUCUCUUCUUUCAGACUUGGUCAAUCAGCUCCAGUAUCUCCAGAUGAAUCAGGGGAAAAUACAACCGAAAGGGUCGCAUUAAGAUGUUUAGAGGAGCCAAUUGUCCCCGAAAAUGGUGUCUGACAUGUUGCUCCUCCUGAUUCAAGAGUUAAGUUUGACAUUUCGGUUCUCCUACAAAUACUGCAGGAGGUCUCAUUUUCGAGCCUGAAAAAGGCUGGACCCGAGCUUGUGAGAUGGGAUGUUCAACCCUUUAUUAUGCAUAAAAAGGCCCUCUUACCUAAAUGUUCAUUAGAACAAGUCAGAAUUUCAUGUCUUUGUUUCUGUUGCAAUGAUAAGAAAUGGGUUGAAAGGUGAUAUAAAGAAGUUUGAUUGCUUGCAUGGUGAUAAGCAGAUGGAAGGUGAGUCAGGAAUUACCAUUAAAGUUACUAAAAUAGACGGUUGUCAUUUGGGACAUGAUUCUCAAGCAGGUGAAGGUGAAGAAGAUGUGAAUGUUGCCACAAGGACCUUUGAGCGUCCUUGUAUGGAUCAACUACGUGAAAAUGAAGAUGAGAGGCUUAAUAUUGCCAUGAAGAGGAGUCUUUUCUUAAGUUCGCAGAGCAGACCAAGUAAAGAUCCUGUUGGGAAAGCUGGCCCUACAAAACAGAACUUAUGUGUCAAGUGUAACCUAAGCGGCAAGGUUUUGAUCUGUGGUUCUAGUGAUUCUGCAGUCGCGGUUCACAGAAGCUGCUUGGGUUCUUCUGCAAGAUAUGACGAUAAGGGCAACUUCUUGUGCCCUUUCUGUGCUUGUUCUCUUUCCAACUCAAAGUACUUGGAAGGCAAGGACAGGAUCAUCUUGGCAAGGAAGAAUGUAGUUGCACUCGUGGAGCUUUGUUAAAAAAACCUUGCUGGUAAACAAAGGAGCCGGGAUACCAUGCCAGCAAAAUCCUCGCCAAAAUAUGGAGAUUGAUGAUUCUAGUUUUGUUGAAAAUGGUGCAUUGCCAAAGGGUUGUACUUAACAUUGGGACUUAACUCAGUGGUGUCCAGUUUCUAACUUUUGUUGAGGAUCUUCUUCCUCCUUUGAACAUUUCCUACAACUUAAAUCACAAAGCACCAUUAUAGGGUUGAUCUUGGUGUGUUUUAACAUUGAAUGAAACCUGAGCAAAUUCAUGUGCUAAAA